AUGAUUGUUCCUCUUCUGAUUCUUCUCGUCGUGCUCUUCCUAGUCCAUCAGUACCUUUGGAGAAGACGCGGAUAUCCACCUGGCCCGACGCCGAUCCCCAUUUUCGGAAAUCUUUUUCAAUUGUCCGGAUCCAAAGCUCCCGGCAUCUCUAUUUUCGAGAAAUGGAGGGAUCAGUACGGACCAAUGUUCACUUUUUACAUGGGUACCAACAUAAAGUGCAGAAUUGCUAAGCAUACAUUUAAACAGGCCCUGUUCCAUUCGUCGUGCUGACAGACUAUCAGGACCUCAAAGAAACGUUUAUCAAAGACGGGGAGACGUACGCGGACAAGUACCUGUCUCCGGAGUUCAACAAGUACUUUCGAGGCGGCGAGUACGGUAUCAUGGACAUCAGCGGAGAUCGUUGGAGGGAGCAUCGCAAGUUCGCAGUGCUCCAGCUGAGGGAACUGGGCGUCGGGAAAACACGGAUGGAAUCGAAGAUUCUGAUCGAGGCGGAAGAGCUGAUAAGGAAAUUGAGGAAGCAGGAACAGGACGAUGACGAGUUCGUACUUCAGGUAAAUGGAAAUGAGUAACGAGGCCAUUUCCCUUUUUUCAGUCAGAUGUAGACAUUGCGGUGGGGAGUGUGAUAAAUCAGUUCCUCUUUGGCUAUCGCUUCGAUGAUUCACGUCUUCAUGAAUUUGUGAAAAUCAAAACAUUGGUGAACAACUUUAUGGAGGAAGUGGGAAAACCAUUGGGAGUGCUCGCAUUUACCUGCCACGGAAUUCCGGAGCUCAUGAUCCGGUGGAUGGUGAACGGGUAAGUACUACUAGCAGCGUUGCUUUUCAUGAAAAUCCAUUUCCUUUUCAGAAUUGAGGAGCAGAAACGGGAGCUAUUCGGAUUUCUGCGGUGUCAAAUUCAAGAGGCCAAGAUGAAAAUCGACUACGACGGCGAUCAUAGCGACGAUUUUGUGGAGGCGUACCUGAGAAAACAGCAUCAAAGAGAGGAGAAACAGGACUAUGACAGUUAUUGGUUUGUCGCCUCACAUCUUCUUCGGAUUUCAACCAUUUUUCAGUGAUCCUCAAUUGGAAAACGUUUGCUUCGAUAUCUGGGCGGCCGGAUUUGAUACUCUCACGAACACGAUCGGCUUCCUCAUCGCCUACGCAAUUAAUCAUCCGGAAAUGCAGGUAGCCUUUCGGUCCUCGAUUUGUCCAAAACUUCCGUAUUUUCAGAGGCAAAUCCAUCAGGAAAUCGACGAGUACCUGGGCCAUCACCGCCGUCUGCUCACCAUGUCCGACAAGAACUCACUGGUCUACUUUAAUGCCUUCGCCAACGUACGCUGGGCUCACACAUUUGAUUCGAUCUGAUCCUUGUAUUAUUCCAGGAAACGCAACGAGUCGCCAAUAUACUUCCUCUCAAUCUGCCGCAUGCGUUGACCCGCGACGUCGAGUUGAACGGAUACAAGUUGAGGAAAGGAACCGGCAUCAUUCACCAGAUCGCGAAUGUGAUGACUGAUGAAGCUGUGAGAUGAGUGCCGUCCGACCAAACAACAAUCACUUUCAGACGUUUGCAAACAGCGACGAGUUCAAUCCGCAUCGGUUCAUUGAUGAGAACGGAAAACUGAAAAAGAUUGAGGAGUGGUGUCCGUUCUCAAUGGGAAAAAGACAAUGUCUCGGGGAAGGUCUCGCCCGGAUGGAGAUAUUUUUGCUCGCCGCCAACCUAUUCAACUAUUUCGAAGUGAGCCAGACACUUUUACUCGGGUCAUUCGGUCUCUUUCAGUUUCUCCCGGCUUCCGAUGGUUUACCUUCACUCUUCAAGGAUUUCAGUCUAGUCUCGCAUGUCAUUCCGUAUAAAUGUCGAGUCAAAUCAAGGAAUCAUGAAGCAGUAGCAUAG